GGAAGAGCGGGUGAGAGCGGUCAGCGUGCCCAAAGGUCAACCCCCCCCCCCCCUGCUGUCGGGGGCGUCCCCGCUCGACCCGGGAGAGGAAGCUGGCAGUGUUGGCGAGAGGCCCCGAGGCGAAGGCUCUAUUCGGAGGACAUCUCUGCUCGAGGCUUCAUGGCGCCAACGCAGACACUGGUUGUGGCGCUGGCGAUGCUGGCACUGGCGGCGUCCUACAACCUCAACGCCGACUUGGCCCGCGUGCUCACCGGUCCCGAGGGCACGCGGUUCGGGUACGCCGUGGCACUGUGGUCGGAUCGCAACGGCAGUCUGAGACUGGUGGUGGGCGCCCCCCCGCGCCGCCAGCCCCGCCCCCGGCUCCCUUCCGCUGGGCGGGAUCCACGUGUGCCCGGCCUUCGGCGACCAGUGCCCGCCCGAUGCCCUGAUGGCCCUCCCCGACGCUCAGGGCGAGGCGGCGACGGCCGUGCGCUCGAGCCGCGUGCUGUCGGCGCAGGGCAUCGGCUUCGGAGAGACGCUGUUCGCCGCCGACGCGCCGCGCUCCAGGCUGGUGGCGUGUGCGCCGCGGUUCGUGAUACGCCCGCACACCGGCUCCCUGCACAGCCGCGGCGCCUGCGUUGCGGUCGACGAGGCGGCCGCACCCCCGAGCGAGGCGCUCACCAUCGUGCCCUUCAGAGCCAACUACAUCCGCGUGGGCGGCGGACCCAAACUGAACAACCACCGCUACACCGGCUACGGCUUGGCUGGCUUCAGCGCCGCCCUCGACGAGGCACAGGACAGCGUGUUCCUGGGCGGCCCCUACGCCUUCUUCGGACAAGGAGUCGUGGCGAAAUCCCGGCCACCAAAGUCCGCCGGAAGGACGUCCUGAGCCGAGGCAACUUCGGGCCGGCGGCGCUGGACUUCUCGGGCGAGGGCUGGGCCACCGUGCUGGGCCGCUUCGAUGGCCUCACGGAGAUGGUGGCCACGUCGGCGCCCAACGCAGACCACGCCCGUGGCUCGAUCGCGUUCUACGAGGCGACGAGCCUGCGGCCUGCGGCGGCGCCGCGGCUGGCGGGAAGCAGCCUCGCUACCAAGUUCGGCUUCAGCCUGGCGGCGGGCGACUGGGACGGCGACGGCGCCGCGGACUUGGCGGCGGGCGCGCCGCUCGCCCACGACGGCAAGAACGCGCCCGACGCCGGGGCCGUCUACGUGUACUACGCCCCCGCCAAAACGGUGUCGCCGAGACCAGCGCUCGAGAUCCGAGGGCGGACCGCGUGGGCGCGCUUCGGCCACGCCCUCGCCUGCCUGGGAGACGUCGACAGGGACGGCUUCGACGACCUAGCCGUGGGCGCGCCCUUCGACAGCGACGGCGGCAGCGUAUACGUGUUCCACGGGCGCCCCGAAGGGCUGGGCGCCGAGCCGACCCAGGUCCUUCGAGCGUCCGAUUUCGACGGGGCUGUGCGCGGCUUUGGCUUCAGCAUCGAUGGCGGAAUUGACAUGGAUGCCAAUGGUUACCCUGACGUCCUAGUCGGUGCUGCUGCGUCGGACAGUGCAGUUUUUAUCAGGUCGGCCCCGGUGCUGGCGGUCGAGGGCGCGGUGGCCUUUGACCCGCCCGAGGUCAGCUUGAACAACAGGUCGUGCAGCGUGAGCGGCGGGCGGGCGGACGCGGGUGGAGAGGCCGCCGUCUGUCUGCAGCUGAAGGUCACCCUCGGCUUCGCCGCCGGCCGGGGGGCGGAGGGCCAGCCUGUCAACGUCACGCUGCAGCUGGACCCCAAGCAGGGCAGACUCGCCUUCGUGCACUACAAGCAGAACCAAAUAACCUACGAGGCGAUCCUGAGCCAAGGGGGCGGACCCGGCGACGUCAGGACUUUCGAGGUUUACGUCCUGCCCGGGCGCCCGCGGAUCGACUUGCCCAUAGCAGCUGCGGCCAGCGUGGCUCUUCUGCCCUCGCAGGUGGAUCCGCAGGUAGAUACGCAGGUGGAACCAGGAGCCGCGGGUGAACCGACGCUUGUACCACCUGUCCUCGCCCUGAACCGCCCUACCGUCAUUCAGGGUCACGGCAGACUGACCUGCGAUGACCCCCUGACCUGCUUCUCGAGUCCGGACCUCACACUCACGGCCGCGCCAGGGCAGACGCUUGCGGUGGGCGAGGAGGCGCGCUUCGCGGUGGAGCUGACCGUCGGCAGCGCCGCGGCUUCGGCGGUGCGACUGGCGGUGUCCUUCCCGGCGCAGCUCUCCUUCCGCCACGUGUCCAGCCGUCGGCUGCUCCCGCAGUGCCAACCCUCCGCGACGGGGCCCUCGGACCGCCCUACAGUACUCUGUACCUUCCAGUCAGAGCUUCGGCGGGACAUGAAGAUCCCGCUCGAUUUCGUCUUCGACAGCUCGCCCCUCGCCCUCGCCGACCUCCUGCUGGCCGCCCCCCGCGCCGAGCUCCGCCUGCUCAUCAACGCCACCAGCGACAGCGAGGAUCUGCAUCCAGAGGACAAUAGCCUGGACCUCGCCGUGCCUCUUCACCUGGACCACCAGGUCUUCGGCCUGGGGUCCUCCGCCCCCGAGGCCGUGCAGGCAUUCGCCAACCAGUCCCUCAGCCUGCAGGAGCUCAUGGAUCCCCGUGUUCCCUCUGAUACCUCGCCCACCCGCCUCGGCCCGUCCGUCGCCUUCACCUACACGCUCGCGAACCACGGGCCAUCGCCGCUCGUCGGAGCCAAGUUGGUGCUGGACGUCCCCGCUCGUGUGCCCAGCGGCCUGCCUCUGUUCUACCUGGUGGAGGACCCAGUGAGCUCUCCUGCGCUCUCGUGCUCAGGGCCGGCGCUCAACCCGCUCGGAUUCCAGGUGUCCAGAGAUGAGGCGCAGCCAGACGCGGCGGCCGCACCUGGGGAGGCGGUUCCUCCUGCAGCUGACGGCGACCCGACGCGACGGCGGACGGAGAGGAGGAGGAGGAGCGUCCGCCAAGACCGCCCGACGACCUCGCCGCCACACGAGGGAUCUGCGCAGACUCUCACCGGACCCAUGGACGAGCGCAGUCACCUCAUCCUCUCCUGCGACGACGUGGUCUGCGACAGCUUCGUGUGCGAGCUGCCUCCGUUGAUGGGCGGAGACAGCGUGUCGGUGUCUGUGGCGGGCUACCUGGUCGUCUCCACGCUCAAGACUGCUCGGCACAGCCUCCUGAUGUUCGAGACCGCCCUUAGUGUGGAGGCGCGCGAGGCGGGCGGCCGCGUCUCCCGCCCCUCGCGCCUGGCCGCCCUCCGCACGCCCGUCUACAUCCUCAGGGAGCGGGCCUCCCACGACCUCCUUUCGCUUGACUGGUUCUACUACGUGGCGGCGGUCACGGCCGGCCUGCUGCUCGUCGUCGCCCUCGUCGCCGUCCUGUACAAGAUUGGUUUCUUCAAGAGGACGCGCAUCCUGCCCUUGGCCUCGGAAGAGGACGCGGCCGAGCGGGAGGCGGUCUUGGGCGGCCCUUCGGAGGAGUGAGGCGCCGGCGGGUGAAGCGGGACCAGCGAGGAAGGCCCACGACGAGCGACGAGGGAGCGAAGGCUUUGGCAUGGGGAAGGCGGGGGAAGGUUAUGUAGUGGACGUGAGGUUCCCCCACUCUGUUGCGAGAGUCCAGGCUAGGCGAGUCCCCCCGGUUGAUAGCAGCACCUCUAGAUCAACACCAUUUGUGGGGGUUCUUGGCAGCCACCUGUGCCACUGCUCAUCCCUGGAGCAUUUUUUAAAAUUUGUUUUAUUGUACAUUUAUCUUUUACUUUAGCUUUCUUUUAACGGCCUUAGUUUUGGUUUCACUUAUUUUAACGAUUAACGAAGUUUCACAUUUAUUUUGAUUUGUUUUACUUAAAACCAUUUUGCGGCAAGACUCACGACGAUAGGAAAACUAUUGUCUCGUCGCCAAAAACUCUUGGGUUCUUUGCUUAUCCGAUCAGCGGAGUGUGGUUCGCGGGGCGCCUGGCCUCUCCGGACGCCUCCUUGAUGCUUUCUUGAUUCUACGAGAGAGAUAAGUGUAUUUUCUUUGUUUACAAGAGGCCAGACACAUGGAUUGUACAUUUUGUUAAUAUACAGACUGAGGGAUCUCAGGUUUUCCUUAAA